AUGCAGCACGAAACGAGAAAAAUAUCCAUAGUCUCCUUUCCGUUCUUCAGUCAUUCUAUUAAAAUCGAAUGUAUUUCCAGAAAACUGCUAUUGAUCUCUGCUGCCAUUGCUGUUUACAUUCUGUGUAUUAAACAAUCGAUAGAAAUUGAAAAAGUAGCUAAUUAUCUUAAUGAUGGCCAAGUACGUGUCUACGUUUUGAAUGACACUAUCAAUGAUACAACAACACAUCGUUCGACAAACGUCUCAUUAUCGCUAUUAAUACGACAAAAUUCUUCACUGUGGAAUGUUUUACUAAAUGACACGAGGAAUAAAAGUUUGGCACUAUUUUAUCGACAUGCCACCGACCAUAGAAAUACUUCAUAUCCGUUCAUAAGUGGCGAUACAUUUCGAGCAUUUGCCGAUCAUAUUUUCGAUGAAACAACAACUGUCGCCACAUGGGCAAAUACUAUUGAAAAUAUGACUGAUGGAACCAUUGUAUUUCUAAAAGCCGAUAUGUUCCAACAGUUUUUUUCACUUUUCAACACGAUUAAUUGUUCAUUUGUACUUAUUACACAUAACAGUGAUUAUUCAGCACCAACUAACUAUAAAUCAUACCUUAACGACUCGAGACUACUGGCAUGGUUUGCUCAAAAUCCGGAUACUCAACAUUCAAAAUUAUAUCCAAUACCCAUUGGAUUAGCAAAUACAAGAUGGCCACAAGGAAAUUUGAACACAUUGACAUUUGCAUUUUAUAAUCAGAGGCGUUCAUUCGCUAAUCGUCAGAUUCUGUUAUACGUGAAUUUUAAGAUAGAUACAAAUGCUGGCGAACGUACAAAUGUGUUAAAUCACGCGAAAACUAUUCAAAAAGCUCAUAUCGUUCAACAAAAAAUUUCAUUUUCAACCUAUUUAGAUGAUGUAGGAAAUUCCAAAUUUGUUUUGAGUCCACAAGGUAAUGGGCUUGAUUGUCAUCGUACAUGGGAAGCGUUGUUAAUGGGCGCAAUUCCCAUCGUUCACACAUCGGAGUUAGAUUUUCUCUUUAGAGACCUACCAGUCGUGAUAGUCAAGUCUUGGUCUGAAAUUUCAGAAAAUUACCUUUUGUCGCUGAAUUUUACUCAGUUUGAUAAUUCGAUAACUCGUAUUUUGCUAGCAAAAUAUUGGUAUUCGAGGCUGAUAUCCUUCACAAAUCGUUCAUCAGCAUUAGAUCUUUUUAAGACUUGA